AUGGUCGGAGUACCCCAGGUGAUUGUUCCUGACGAGAAAAAUACACCCCAAUUCAGCGCCAACAACGGGCCAGACAGCCAUGGACUCUGUCUGUGGCUAGGUUUAGUGGGCGGACCAAGAUUCAUGAUCGCCGUCCAACCUUGCGAUCUACGAAUACGAAAAUCGAUACAACAUUUCUCUUGGGGAAUACUCUGUACUCCAUGCAGAGUUACAUACUACAUAUGUACAAUGCCGAAUAAACAAUCGGCUGACGCGUUGGAUCUCGGCCUCAACAGGCCGAAAUACGCAAUGCAAAGCUACGAGUUAUCCCUGGUUGAAAAAGAGGUUAUAACCGGCGGUUGCACAUUACGGGGAAAGCCGACCAUGGAUGCCGCGUGCCGAGCUGCGUACUCGUAUGUGUGA